GCGCAAAUAAUAUGUCGCGAACAGUUAUAGCAAAAUAAUAUUUUGUCUGCCGAUUGUGCCAAUUGUUUACAAAUACCUGGGAGCGAUGUCUGGCUAAAUUUUUUGUAUAUGGCUACAAUAAAAAAAUGGAUUUAAAAGUAAAGAAACUCGAAAAUACUCUUCUAAAGCAGCAAAAUUUAAAUUCAAAUCUUGUUUCAAAAGUAUAUCUAGGAAGUUUACGUGAUAGUUCUUUAUUAAAUAACACACAAACAGUUGCAGGAAAACUUGCGAAUAAUUUUGGCAGACAAGAUAAUAACGUCUUAUUUGGAAAUAAUUUAGUUUCGAAACAAAAUAAAAAAUUAUUAGAAUACAAAGAUAUUAGUCAUUUAAAGGCAUCGAAACCUAAUUUGUUUUCAAAAAAUGAUCUGGGAAUUCAGUCUAAUUUAUUAAUUGAUAAAAAGAUUUUAAAACCGAACUUAUUUCUAAAAAAUCUUUCGUGUAAAAGCCUAACUCGUAAUUCUCCAUCAGUUUUUAAUAUUCAAUUUUCAAAUAUAUUAGUUCCGAAUCUUUUUUCUGAAGAACUAGCAAAAUGUUCUUAUAAAAAAGUUUUGGUUAAAAGUAAAAAGCCUAUUUCAAAAAAGUGCAAAGCUAAAGAUGUUAAAAAAACUAUUGCAACUUGUACUGAUGUUUCAGUAAAAGAAAAUGUAAUUAAUGAUGACACUUUAUAUCAUGACACUUACGAGUUUUCAUUUCAAAUUAGCGAUUUAGAAGAUUCUUAUGAUUCUUAUAACUUUUUAAAUGAAAAGACUGAGGAAAAUGAAUUCAUUGAUAAACCUAGUAGUUGUGAUUUAAAGAAGAUAGAACAGAAAAAUUUAAAUGUUAAAAAGAUUGCUUUAAUUAACUUGGUUUCAGUUUCUUUGCUUUAUUCACCAACUCUGGAAGACAUUAAAAAUACAACAAGAAUCCAACUAAUGAAACAAGCAAAGGAAAUAUCUCUUAGUGAUCCUGAGUUUAUUGUUAAGUUAGCAUUGUAUACAAGAAUGCACUUGAAUAUUCGAUCAGUUGCUAAUUUUUUACUUGCUUAUGCUGCAUUUCUACCUGAUGUAAGACCAUAUUUGAAAAAAUAUUUCUGCAAAAGUGUCUCGCUUCCCUCUGACUGGCUAAAUGUUGCAGAGCUUUAUCAGACUUUUUUUGAUCAAUCAAUUAAUGACAAAUCUCUUCCGACAGCUCUUCGGAAAGCUCUUGUUGAAAAGUUUCCCGAUUUUGAUGAGUAUCAGUUAGGUAAAUACAACAAAGAAAAGAUACAGAAGAAAACUAAAUCAGUUUAUGUUGAUAAAGAAGAAGUUUAUCGGCAAUGUCAAGGUGAUAACGGGAAUGAAAAAGUCCCUGAUCUUUCAUUAGUAACAUUAAAAGGUUAUACUUUAAAGGAGUUGAUACGAAAGCUGCAUAUUUCUGAGCCUGUUUAUCAUGUCAUGGCUUUACUUGGAAAAAAAUAUCCAAGUGAUUUGGAAUCUUUUUAUAAAUCUAAAUUACCGGGAACAUGGGUCCAGGAACAAGCUGGUAAAAGGAUGAAGCUCCCAAUACCAGAGACAUGGGAGACGCAACUCUCAUUAAAAGGAAACAAAUCUAAAACAUGGCAAGAUUUGCUUGAUCACAACAAGCUGCCAUUUAUGGCUAUGUUGAGAAAUCUGCGAAAUAUGAUACUUGUUGGAUUAGCUGAAAAGUACCAUGCAAAAAUUCUUUCUCGUCUUAAAAACAAGGAUUCUGUCAUUAACAGCAAACAGUUUCCAUUUCGAUUUUUAUCAGCCUAUGAUGUGAUAAUUGAUCUAGAAAAACUUCUUCAAAAAAAUUUAGAAGCUUCACUUCAAACUGUUUCUGAAGCACUUGUUGUAAAAAAUGAAAAGCCAAUGCCCAAAUAUAAACAGAAGCUUCAAGAAAAAAGGAGAGCUAAAGCAGCAUGCAAUACAUACAACCAAGCUAUAUUGGAUAGGUACAAGAAAGCUCUCGAUUCUGCAAUGAAAAUAUCAACUGUUUAUAAUAUAGAACCUAUAUCUGGUACAACUUUCAUUGUUAUUGACAUCGGAUAUAAUAUAAAUGAAGAAAACAGUAAAUCUGCUUCGAUUUUUAGUCAAUGCUUGCUUCUUGCAUUAAUAUGCAAGUAUCAUUCAGAAGGAGGAGAGUUGAUAUUAGCAAGUGGAUCAAACUACUCGAUUGUUAAUUCAGUCAAUGAGCAGUCUAUUUUGGAAAAUGUUGCAAAGUUAAAAGAAGUAGCAAAGGAUUUGAUAUCUUGCAAUAUUGGCAGUACCGAUUUGUUGUCUUAUUUCCAAACUUUUAUUACUCUUCGUAAAAAGGUAGAUAAUGUUUUGGUGUUAAGUUACACAAAUAGCUAUGAUUUUACACCAUUUUACACUGCAUAUCAAAAUAAAGUUAACCCUAAAUGUUUGUUUGUAAAUGUAUCAUUAAAUGACGCAAGCAAGCAAAAAGGUGCAGAGCUUUUAGGUGAUUAUUUUGUUCAUGUCACUGGCUUCUCUGAUCAAGUUUUAAGAUAUAUGAGUGCUAGAGGUUCUGAUCGACAGCUUCAUUAUGUUGAAAAUAUAGAUUCUACUUAUGAACUUAAAGAUUUUAAGGAAAAACGAAGAAAACAAAUGGUUGAUCAUUAUCGUUCACAAAUAGUUCAAAGGCCAUUGAUGAAAUGGAAAACUGUUCGAAUUUUUAUUUCAUCAACUUUCAGGGACAUGCAUGGUGAGAGAGAUCUUCUCACGCGUUACAUUUUCCCAGAACUUCGAAGACGUUGCUACAGGUAUUGUGUAAACAUAUAUGAAAUAGACUUGCGCUGGGGAAUUACUGAAACUCAAGCGAAUUCACAAAAAACAUUAGAUAUAUGUUUGACUGAAGUCAGAAAAUCAGAUCUUUUUGUUGGAAUUUUGGGCAAUCGAUACGGUUGGUCUCCUUCUGAAUACUUUUCCUCAGACUCAGAAGUUAUUGAUUGGUUAAAUCUUCAAAAGCCAGGCUUAUCCAUAACUGAACUUGAAAUGAGGUUGUUCUAUAAUCGUGAAGCUGCUGAAACAAAAGGAUUUUUUUAUUUUAGAAAAGACUUGGAUAAAAAAAUUAUUCCUAAGAAAUAUCAUAAAGAUUUUAUUGAUGAAAAGAAUCAAGAUAAACUUGAAAGUUUAAAAGAGUGGAUACGUUGCCAACAUGGAGCAGAAGUUUUUUCGAACUAUCCAUGUCACUGGAGUGGAGUAGUAAAUGACAAACCAAUGCUUGGUGGGCUAGAAGAAUUUGGGCAAAGAGUUUUGAAUAAUCUAUGGGUUGCAAUUAAAAAGCAUCACAUUAUUCCCUUAGAACAGAAGUUUGAUACAGAAGAGGUAACAAACAAGCAUUUGCUUUAUGCAUCAAAUCUUUCAAAAGAAGUUGUCGGUCGAAAAACUCUAUUAAAUAAAAUAGAAACAAUUUUGGUGGAGUCAAAAAAUAAGCAAGACAAAAACAUUUUGUUGAUUUCUGGAAAGAGAGGUUCUGGAAAAACAGCUAUAAUGAGUAAAUUGGUUGAAACUCGUAUGAUAAAUGAAACACCUUGUUGCUAUUUUGUUGAUGCCGGGGACAACACACUUCAAACACUUUUAAAACAUUUAUUUAUUUCUCUUAAUGAAGCAUACAAUGUUGGAUUUGAUGAGCCAAUUUCUUACAAGGCCAUGGUUUCCAAGCUUAGUUUACUUUUAAAAUCUAUAUCAAAAAAUAAUGGUGGGGAAAAUUUCUUAAUUUUUAUUGAUGGUCUUGACCAAGUUCAUCUCUCAGCACAAGAAAGUCGAACUGAUUGGAUCCCUGAUAGUUUACCAAAGGGUUGUAUAUUUGUUAUAUCAUGUUUUGAAAAUGGUCAUUGUUCAAAACAACUUUCCAUUCACAAGCAGCUUAUAGAGUUAGUGAAGAUUGAUGUUUUUGAAUAUGCUGAUCGUGCAGUUUUAGUGAGACAAUUGCUUGGUUAUCAUGGCAAAAAAUUAGAGGAGUCCUCCUUUAAUAAUCAGAUGAAAUUUAUUGUUUCCAAAAGAGAUGCCACAUCUCCAUUAUAUUUGCAUCUCGUUUGUGAAGAAUUGCGUUUAUUUGGGGUGUUUGAGGAGUUAAACUCUUAUCUCCGUUCAAUUGCACAAACAAUACCUGAGCUUGUAACCUACCGACUUAAAUGCAUGGAAUUAGAGCAUGGGCUGAGUUUGGUCAGCUGUGCUUUUGCUCUUCUUUAUUUCAGCCGAAAUGGUUUGACUGUGGAGGAACUCUAUGAAACAUUAAAUAUGACUCAACAGAGCAAUAAAUCGUUUGAGCAGUCAAUUCCACAAGUUCCGUUUCACAAACUUUGUCAAGAGUUAAAAAUGUUUACAAGACAUGAUCUUAAAACAAACAGUAUGCAUUUGUUUGGUGAGGUUCGAAGUAUCAUUGAAAGAGUUUACAUUCAUUGUGCUGCUGCUGAUUUUACAUUUAAGAUGCAUAAUGUGUUAGCAAUAUUCUAUCGUAAACAAGCGGAUCCUUUAAAUAAUUUUUCAUGGUUGGGAAAUGAUUUGAGAGCUUUAAGAGAACUUCCUUUUCACUUGAGUGCAAGCAACUCAUGGAAUGAACUAAAAACAAUUUUAUGUAAUUUGGAAUAUAUUAAGGUAAAAUUACAAGCAAAUCAAAUUACUGAACUCCUUGAAGAGUUCCAUUUUGCUGGUCCUAAAUUGUUUACUGAAGAUGCAUGCAUUAAAGAAACCCAGCAGUUUAUUAUGGCAAAUGUGCACAUUCUAUCGCGACAUCCUAAUCUUUUGAUACAACAAGUAUUAAAUGCUUCUAAUAUCAGUUUUGUUAAAAAUCAAGUUAAUGUUAUCACAGUUGGCACUAUUACAUUGGCAGAAAAAUCAGAAAACAUUUCAAGUUGUGUUCUCACAUUAACUGGAAUGCAACAGGGUGUUACAUCAGUAUGUGUUUCAGAUGACAAUAGCAUGUUAGCUUGUGGAAUGCAAGAUGGACAGUUAAUAGUUUAUAAUCGUAGUACUACAAAAGAAUUGCGUUGUUUUGUCGGCCAUUCUGCUGGUAUUUCUGCAUGUUGUUUCGCUACUAACUCAAAAUUGUGUAGUUCAUCUUUUGAUGGUACAGUAUGUGUUUGGGAUGUGCACGGAGGUCAUAGAUUACAUUUUUCAAAACUUCAUUGCAGACAAGUAACUAGCUGUAUUGCUACCAAUGAUGGUCGAUUUUUUUUAACAACUUCUUAUGAUAUCUCAAAUCCUGCUGUACUCUGGUCAACAACUGAUGGGAAACCAGCAAUUGUUUAUGAAAAAAUUACUCAUCCAUUUAAUUGUGCAGCUUUUGAUCCUUCGAAUAACUUAUUAGUUGCCCUGGGUGGGUGGGAUAAAAAAAUAGCUAUAUGGAAUACAGUGGAAGGAACAAUUUCCAAGGUGUAUAAAGGUCACUCAAGUUCAAUUCGAGCUCUGGCUUAUUCAUCAUCUGGCAAAUAUCUUGCAUCAUCAGGUUUAACAGGUGAAAUUUUUUUGUGGUCGUCAAUGAAUGGAACAAUAAUCGGUCAAAUUUAUAAUUCAAACAUCCAAAAAUUUUUGUACACACAAACCCAUCUGGUUGGUUUGACUGAAAAAUCUGUCAAGGUUUGGACGGAGAGUAUAGGAUGUCCAGGAAAUGUUUUUAUUUCAAACCAACCAUCACCCAAUUAUGUUUUAGCAGUCACUGUUCAUGAAAAUAAAAUUUUUGCUGCAUACCAAAAUGGUGAAGUUUGUAUGUUUUUUAAAGAAGGGGGUUACACUUCAUGGAAAGCUCAUAACUCUUCAAUUCGCUCUAUUAGCUUACUUAUUGACAGAGUUAGUGUGCAUCUUGUUACAGCUGGUGAUGAUUGUUUAGCGAAGAGAUGGAAUAUCUCUGAUAAAACUUGUGUUGCUGUAAUGAGCAAACACACUGCACCUAUAAGGUGUGUUAGAUCAAGAGGUGCUAUUAUUCUUACGGCAUCUGAGGAUUUCACAGUUUGUGUUUGGCCAGGUAUUUUGUUUAGUGAUCAAAAUGAAAUUAAAUGUCAAGCAAUUUUGCGAGGUCAUGCUGGUAUUGUUACAUGUUGCGACAUCUCCUCAUGCGAAACUAUGGCUGUUUCUGGCUCCUCAGAUAUGAGCUUGAUAAUUUGGGAUCUAAAUACCUACACAUGUUUAUCCAUGAUCAACCGAGCACAUUCAGACGGUCUUACAACUCUGAGCUGGUCAGAUGUUGGAAAUUAUGUAGUCACAGGAUCAAAUGACUUUCUGUUAAAACUGUGGGAUAUAAAGUAUAUAGUUUCAAAGAAAGAUGAUCAGACCAGUGUUCAAGAAAAACUUGUUUUUAAGGGGCAUAACAGUGCAAUCAACAGUUUGAAGUACAAGUUUGGUUGUAUUGCUUCUACUUCUGCAGAUGGAUUUUUAAAGGUCUGGACUCACAAAGGAGUAGAAGUUACCACAAUAAAAGCUCAUAACUCUCGAGUUAACUGUUGUGAAAUUUUUUCUUUUCUUAAAGAUGAUUCAGUUGAAUGGAGCACUUCAACAGAUAAAGUAGGAAUACAAGAAAAAUUGAAAGCUUAUACACCUGAUAGUCUUUUAGACGUUUAUAUAUACACAGCAAGUGAUGAUGGAUCAGUAAAAGCUUAUCAACCAUUUAAGCCAAACUUUUUAAAGGAAAUGUUUGGACACUCAGAUGUUCUUACAGACAUUGAUGUAAACAUAAAAGAUGGCAGUGUUGUAACCAGUAGUGUUGACCAAAGCAUCAAAGUUUGGGAUUUAAAUAUUGAAACAAAGGAUUCAUCACAAAUGCAUUUGGAUGAAGUAUCUGCUGUUGCUAUAAGAGUUUCUAAAUCUGUUUCAUGCGGUCGUGAUGGAAAAGUUAAACUUUUCUGUAAGACUUCAGUUUUUGAGUUCGCCCCACUAUUAGUAGUUGCGUUUACAUCUGUGACUUUUAUGGGUUCUCAAUAUGUAGCUGUUGGUGAUGUGAGAGGCAACUUGUAUGUAUUAAGUACUCUUGAUCUUAGCCUAAUUGAAAAAGUGAAUAACAUUUAUAGCAUAGAAAUGUUAUCAGUUGAUCAGCAUGGCAUUUUUGUUGCUGCUGCUGCUUUAGAAGCAAUAACUAUUUAUAAAUGGGAUAGCAAACAUUUAAUAUCAACAAAAUGUUUAUCAAACUCUGGGUUUUAUAAUAAUUGCAUUUCAAUUGCUGGUAGCAUGUUAAUUCUAAUAAAAUACCAAUCAGGAAAUAGUAUCAUAGAAUACAAUAAGAUUAAUGGGUUUGGUACUGUAUCUCUUGAAACCAGCAAAACAUAUGAAAUAAACGGUUUUCCUACUGCAAUGCAUAGUUUUUGUAAAGAUCAGUUAGUGAAUGUUUUGAUUGGAUAUAGUGAUGGCUUUAUGUCUUGUUACAUGGAACCAGUCAUUGAAGAAAAACCUAAAUAUCAUUCAAAGAUACAUGAAAAAGAAAUUACUGGAUUUUUGGUGAUUAAUGAAAUCAUGGUUACAUCCUCUAAAGAUUGUACGGUCAAAGUUUGGAAAAUAACCGAGGAAAAUGAUUUCAGCUUAAAACAGAUUGGUAUCUAUUUUUGUCGUUCUCCUGUCAAUACGAUAGCUGGCUGCGUAAUCGACGACAAUUUAAAUCUUGUUGUUGGGUAUUCAUCUGGUUACGUUGACCAACUUACCGUCAAACUUAAUUAAAAAAAUUUUCUAAACAGUUUUGGUGUCGGGAGCCAUUCAUUUAUUUACUUUAA